UGGAGGCGGGGCGGCGGCCUGGGAGCCUGGGAGGGCUCCGCCCCCGGCGCCGCGCGCCCGGCCGCGUUCCCGCCCACUCCCGCCCCGCCCCCGGCUCCCCCCGGCGGCGGGCUUCGGGCCGCCGCUCUGAGGCAGCUGGGUGUGCGGAGCAGAAACACGUCCGCUCCCUCGACCCUAGGACUGACUCGAAUGUGUCCCGCCAGCCGCCUUCAGCAGCCUCUGUUCCUGUCCCCACUGCUAGUUAAAGGCGACGCCUCUAGAGUGUGUCCCUUCAGCGACCCAGGGGGCAGUUCCCAUGGGGGGCGGGGCCAACCCCGUCUGAGGCCUUCUCAUCCGGGCAUUCCCCAGAUGCCGCAGCCGCCAUCUUUGUUUUGUGCUGAAAGUCGCUAUUGACGCCCGAGGACGGCCGGGCGAGGGGAAGUGGCAAGAUGGCGGCUCCCAGGGCGGAGGCGUGGAGGGGCUCUCGGGGGGCCCCAGGGCUGGGCACGCCUGUGCCUGACCCCAGCGCGGCCUGAUUCCAAGCCAAGCGCGCAGCAGCCCUGGUCCCUCGCCGCGAGGUUCCUUUAAGAGGCCUCGGCCGGAUGGAGAAGCCCGCGAGGGCGGGGGAGAGGUGGUGGUGGGGAAAACAGUGACGUCGCCCGACUCCGCCCCCUCGCCCGACCGCCGCCGCCGCCAUGUUUAGUUGUUACUUCUUCACACAAGAUGGCGGCUCCCAGGGAGGAGGCAUGAGCGCCCUGCCGUUACCGCUCCUCCUGCCGUACAGUUGCCACUUCGGGGCCUAACUCUACCUCUUUGGAGCGGCUCCUGUGGGAAGGAGUCAUAAGGAGGGAAGCGAGGAUCGGACGCUGCCUUGCGUUUGGUUUGCAGUGGAAGAACUGACCCAGGAGGAAGAGAAUAGGGGGGAAGGGGGAGCUUGUCUCAAGAUGGCGGCUCCCAGGGCGGCAGGCUCAGCCUGAGCCGCAGAGGCGGACUAAGGGGAGAGCUUCGAGACCUCACGAGCCGUACGGCGUGGGCCUCCGAGCAGCCGUCGAGAAUUCGGGCUCGGUCCACUGGCCUCUGGCGCGACUCUAUUCCUUAAGAGUGUCGAGGCUGUUUCGGGAGCGGCCGCUGCACUAAGCGCUGGGCGGGGAAGCGGGACGGUCUCAAGAUGGCGGCUCCCACAAUUGUGGUCUGAGCGCCGGCGGGGCUGGGACGACCGCGGCGCUUGUGGCUGCUUUCCACCCGCCCCGGAAGCCGGCCAGUGCAGGGGACUUGGGGGGUGUGGGAACCGGGCCGGGGCUCCGCCAUUUCCGGCGGGGGAGGGCUACGACUGAGGAAGGGAGGAGAGAGAGGCGGCUCAAGAUGGCGGCUCCCAGGGCCUCCCGCUCGAGCUUGUAAGUGGGAGCUCCCAGGCAAGGAGUCAGGGCGGCGGGACUCGGCGGCCUCCAGCUUCUCGGGCCCAGGCGCUCGGCAGUUUCAGGAGGCUCUUGAGGAGACGGGGUGAGCAAGAAGAAGGGGAAGAGCAGAAGUGAAGGAGAAUAGUUAAGAUGGCGGCCUCCAUGGAGCCGUCCACCGCUGUGUGAGGAACCGCUUCUCCGUGAGAACCGUCUUAGACUAAAGGGGGUGUGUGUGAGUGGAAUUGGGGGGCUUCCUUCUCGCUUGGUGACUUUUUUCCACCGCGCCCUUUCCCGGAACUAUGGCUUCGGCCGUGUCACCCGCCAACUCGCCAGCGGUGCUCCUGCAGCCUCGCUGGAAGCGAGUGGUGGGCUGGUCGGGUCCAGUACCCCGGCCCCGCCACGGCCACCGCGCCGUGGCCAUCAAGGAGCUCAUCGUGGUGUUUGGCGGCGGCAACGAGGGGAUCGUGGACGAACUGCACGUGUACAACACGGCGACCAACCAGUGGUUCAUCCCCGCCGUGAGGGGGGACAUCCCUCCAGGCUGCGCGGCCUAUGGCUUCGUGUGCGACGGGACGCGCCUGCUGGUGUUCGGAGGCAUGGUGGAGUACGGGAAAUACAGCAACGACCUCUACGAGCUGCAGGCGAGCCGAUGGGAGUGGAAGAGACUGAAGGCAAAGACGCCCAAAAACGGGCCCCCUCCGUGUCCUCGGCUCGGGCACAGCUUCUCCCUCGUGGGCAACAAAUGUUACCUGUUCGGAGGUCUGGCCAACGACAGCGAGGACCCCAAGAACAACAUUCCCAGGUACCUGAAUGACUUAUACAUCCUGGAACUGCGGCCAGGCUCUGGAGUGGUAGCCUGGGACAUUCCCAUCACUUACGGUGUCCUGCCCCCGCCGCGGGAGUCGCAUACGGCCGUGGUCUACACCGAGAAAGACAACAAGAAGUCCAAGCUGGUGAUCUAUGGAGGGAUGAGUGGCUGCAGGCUAGGCGACCUCUGGACCCUGGAUAUUGAGACUCUGACGUGGAACAAGCCCAGUCUCAGUGGGGUGGCACCUCUUCCUCGGAGCCUCCACUCGGCCACGACGAUAGGAAACAAAAUGUACGUGUUUGGUGGCUGGGUGCCUCUCGUCAUGGAUGACGUCAAAGUGGCCACACACGAGAAGGAGUGGAAGUGUACCAACACACUGGCUUGUCUCAACCUGGACACCAUGGCCUGGGAGACCAUCCUGAUGGACACGCUGGAGGACAACGUCCCCCGGGCCCGAGCCGGCCACUGCGCCGUCGCCAUCAACAGCCGCCUGUACAUUUGGAGUGGGCGUGACGGCUACCGAAAGGCCUGGAACAACCAGGUCUGCUGCAAGGACCUCUGGUACCUGGAGACAGAAAAGCCACCGCCCCCGGCCCGGGUGCAGCUGGUGCGAGCCAACACCAACUCGCUGGAGGUGAGCUGGGGGGCAGUGGCCACAGCCGACAGUUACCUUCUGCAGCUCCAGAAAUAUGACAUUCCUGCCACGGCUGCUACUGCCACCUCCCCCACACCCAAUCCAGUCCCGUCUGUGCCUGCCAACCCUCCCAAGAGCCCUGCCCCCGCAGCAGCCGCACCUGCCGUGCAGCCGCUGACCCAAGUAGGCAUCACGCUCCUGCCCCAGGCUGCCGCCGCGCCCCCGACCACCACCACCAUCCAGGUCUUGCCGACGGUGCCCGGCAGCUCGAUUUCCGUGCCCGCUGCAGCCAGGACUCAAGGUGUCCCCGCUGUGCUCAAAGUGACCGGUCCUCAGGCUACAACGGGAACCCCGUUGGUUACCAUGCGACCUGCCAGCCAGGCUGGGAAAGCCCCCGUCACUGUGACCUCCCUCCCUGCAGGCGUGCGGAUGGUCGUGCCUACGCAGAGUGCCCAGGGCACGGUCAUCGGCAGCAGCCCGCAGAUGAGUGGCAUGGCCGCCUUGGCAGCAGCGGCCGCCGCCACCCAGAAGAUCCCUCCGUCCUCGGCACCCACAGUGCUGAGCGUCCCAGCCGGCACCACCAUCGUCAAGACAGUGGCCGUGACGCCUGGCACCACCACGCUCCCAGCCACCGUGAAGGUGGCUUCCUCGCCUGUCAUGGUGAGCAACCCAGCCACUCGCAUGCUGAAGACCGCGGCUGCCCAGGUGGGGACGUCCGUCUCCUCUGCGGCCAACACGUCCACCCGUCCCAUCAUCACAGUACACAUCGGGACUGUGACAGUGGCCCAGCAAGCCCAGGUGGUGACCACGGUGGUGGGUGGGGUCACCAAGACCAUCACCCUGGUGAAGAGUCCCAUCUCCGUCCCCGGAGGCAGUGCUCUGAUUUCCAACCUGGGCAAGGUGAUGUCUGUGGUCCAGACCAAGCCAGUUCAGACCUCCGCCGUCACGGGCCAGGCGUCCACCGGCCCGGUGACUCAGAUCAUCCAGACCAAAGGGCCCCUGCCAGCCGGGACCAUCCUGAAGCUGGUGACGUCCGCAGACGGCAAGCCCACCACCAUCAUCACGACCACGCAGGCUGGCGGGGCAGGCACGAAGCCCACCAUUCUUGGCAUCAGCAGCGUGUCCCCCAGCACCACGAAGCCGGGCACCACCACCAUCAUCAAGACCAUCCCCAUGUCAGCCAUCAUCACGCAGGCGGGCGCCACGGGUGUGACCAGCAGUCCUGGCAUCAAGUCCCCCAUCACCAUCAUCACCACCAAGGUGAUGACCUCCGGAACCGGAGCCCCCGCCAAGAUCAUCACUGCCGUGCCCAAAAUCGCCACCGGCCACGGGCAGCAAGGCGUGACCCAGGUGGUGCUGAAGGGCGCGCCGGGCCAGCCGGGCACCAUCCUCCGCACCGUGCCCAUGGGGGGCGUCCGCCUGGUCACCCCCGUCACCGUCUCCGCAGUCAAGCCGGCUGUCACCACGUUGGUUGUGAAGGGCACCACAGGCGUCACAACUCUGGGCACAGUGACAGGCACGGUCUCCACCAGCCUCGCCGGAGCCGGGGGCCACAGCACCAGCGCCUCCCUGGCCACGCCCAUCACCACCCUGGGCACCAUUGCCACCCUCUCGAGCCAGGUGAUCAACCCCACUGCCAUCACUGUGUCGGCGGCGCAGACCACGCUGACGGCGGCCGGCGGCCUCACCACCCCCACCAUCACCAUGCAGCCCGUCUCGCAGCCCACCCAGGUGACUCUGAUCACAGCCCCCAGCGGGGUCGAGGCCCAGCCUGUGCACGACCUCCCGGUGUCCAUCCUGGCCUCGCCCACCACAGAGCAGCCCACGGCCACCGUCACCAUUGCCGACUCGGGCCAGGGCGACGUGCAGCCUGGCACCGUGACCCUGGUGUGCUCCAACCCGCCCUGUGAGACCCAUGAGACGGGCACCACCAACACGGCCACCACCACCGUCGUGGCUAACCUCGGGGGGCACCCCCAGCCCACCCAAGUGCAGUUCGUCUGUGACAGACAGGAGGCCGCCGCUUCUCUCGUGAGCUCCGCGGUGGGGCAGCAGAAUGGCAGCGUGGUCCGAGUCUGCUCCAACCCGCCGUGCGAGACCCACGACACGGGCACCACCAACACGGCCACCACCGCCACCUCCAACAUGGCCGGGCAGCACGGCUGCGCCAACCCGCCCUGCGAGACCCACGAGACGGGCACCACCAGCACGGCCACCACCGCCAUGUCGAGCCUCGGGGCCGGCCAGCGGCGAGACGCCCGGUUCGCCUGUGCGGCCGGCACCGUGCCCGCCGCUGCGGUCCGGGUCGGCGUGGCUGCUGGCGCGGCUGCCGGCGCCGCAGAGGGUGCCCAGGGCGCCGUCAAGCCCUCAUGCCAAACCCGCCAGACCAGCGCCACCAGCACCACCAUGACUGUGAUGGCCACUGGGGCCCCGUGUCCUGCUGGCCCGCUCCUCCGACCCAGCCUGGCCCUGGAGGCCGGCGGGCACGGCACUGCCCUGGUGCAGUUAGGCCCCGUGAGCGCCCAGGUCAGAGCCGGCAGCCUGGGCGGCGAGGACAGCCCCCUGGCCAGCCUGGGCUCGCUGGUGUCUGUGGGGCGCCCGCUGGAGGCACACCGCAGCCACACGACCAGCACCCCCACUGCGGCCUGCACUGACCUGGGCGCUGGGGAGCCUGGCGAGGCGCAGGGCACCCCCGUGCUCGUGUACGAGAGCUCAGCCGGCCCCGCCGUGACUGCAACAGCCCUGGAGGCGCUGCUGUGCUCCUCGGCCGUCGUGACCCGGGUUUGCUCCAACCCGCCUUGCGAGACCCACGAGACGGGCACUACCCACACGCCCACCACCGCCACGUCGGGAGGGGGCGCGGGCCAACCAGAGGGUGGGCAGCAGCCCCCCGCCAGCCGCCCCUGCGAGACACACCAGACCGCUUCCACUGGCACCACCAUGUCGGUCAGCGUGGGCGCCCUGCUCCCCGACGCCGUGCCCGCCCACAGGACCCCGGAGUCCGGCUUGGAGGGGGCACCGUCCCCCACGGUCACUCCCCAGGCCGCUGCUUCAUUGCUGGCUCCCUUCCCGACGCAGAGGGUCUGCUCCAACCCCCCCUGCGAGACCCACGAGACGGGCACCACACACACGGCCACCACCGUCACCUCCAACAUGAGCUCCAACCAAGAUCCCCCACCACCUGCCAGCGACCAGGGAGAGGUGGAGAGCACCCAGGGCGACAGCAUGAAUAUUGCCAGUUCCAGUCCCAUUACAACGACGGGGUCCUCCACGCUGACGCGGGCUGUGACCACCGUGACACAGUCCACACCGGUGCCCGGCCCUUCGGUGCCGCCCCCAGAGGAGCUCCAGGCCUCGCCAGGGCCUCGCCAGCAGCUUCCGCCACGGCAACUCCUGCAGCCCGCCGCCACGCCCCUGAUGGGGGAGUCCGCUGAGGUGCUGUCUGCCUCCCAGACCCCUGAGCUCCAGGCCGCCGUGGAUCUGAGCAGUACAGGGGACCCGUCUUCAGGCCAGGAGCCUGCCACCUCGGCCGUGGUGGCCACUGUGGUGGUCCAGCCUCCCCCGCCCACGCAGUCCGAAGUAGACCAGUUGUCGCUUCCGCAAGAGCUGAUGGCCGAGGCGCAGGCAGGGACCACCACCCUCAUGGUAACGGGGCUCACCCCCGAGGAGCUGGCGGUGACUGCAGCUGCCGAGGCGGCCGCCCAGGCCGCGGCCACGGAGGAAGCCCAGGCCCUGGCCAUCCAGGCCGUGCUCCAGGCCGCACAGCAGGCUGUCAUGGGCACCGGGGAGCCCAUGGACACAUCUGAGGCAGCGGCGGCUGUGACCCAGGCGGAGCUGAGCCACCUGUCGGCUGAGGGCCAGGAGGGUCAGGCCACCACCAUCCCCAUUGUGCUGACACAGCAGGAGCUGGCCGCCCUGGUGCAGCAGCAGCAGCUCCAGGAGGCGCAGGCCCAGCAGCAGCAGCACCACCUCCCCACCGAGGCCCUGGCCCCUGCCGACAGCCUCAACGACCCCACCAUCGAGAGCAACUGCCUCAACGAGCUGGCCGGGGCCGUCCCCAGCACCGUGGCCCUGCUCCCGUCCACGGCCACCGAGAGCCUGGCUCCAUCCAACACGUUUGUGGCCCCCCAGCCAGUCGUGGUCGCCAGUCCCGCGAAGCUGCAGGCCGCAGCUACCCUGACCGAGGUGGCCAACGGCAUUGAGCCCCUGGGCGUGAAGCCGGACCUACCGCCCCCGCCCAGCAAAGCCCCCGUGAAGAAGGAGAACCAGUGGUUUGACGUGGGCGUCAUCAAGGGCACCAACGUGAUGGUGACGCACUAUUUCCUGCCACCCGAUGACGCCGUGCCGUCGGACGAUGACUCCGGCACUGUCCCCGACUACAACCAGCUGAAGAAGCAGGAGCUGCAGCCGGGCACUGCCUACAAGUUCCGAGUCGCCGGGAUCAACGCCUGCGGCCGGGGGCCGUUCAGCGAGAUCUCGGCCUUUAAGACGUGUCUGCCCGGCUUCCCGGGGGCCCCCUGUGCCAUCAAGAUCAGCAAAAGUCCCGAUGGAGCCCACCUGACCUGGGAGCCGCCCUCCGUAACCUCCGGCAAGAUCAUCGAGUACUCGGUGUACCUGGCCAUCCAGAGCUCGCAGGCCGGCGGCGAGCCCAAGAGCGCCGCCCCGGCCCAGCUGGCCUUCAUGCGGGUAUACUGCGGGCCCAGCCCCUCCUGCCUCGUGCAGUCCUCCAGCCUCUCCAACGCCCACAUCGACUACACCACCAAGCCCGCCAUCAUCUUCCGCAUCGCCGCCCGCAACGAGAAGGGCUACGGCCCAGCCACCCAAGUCAGGUGGUUGCAAGAAACCAGUAAAGACAGCUCUGGCACCAAGCCGGCCAGCAAGCGGCCCAUGUCCUCUCCGGAAAUGAAAUCCGCUCCAAAGAAGUCGAAGGCAGACGGUCCGUGAGAGGCCGCCCGGCCCCGGAUUCCUCGCCGGCCCCUCCUGCUUCGGGAAUGCCACCCGCCAGGGCCUGCCCGUCACCCACCCAGCGCUCGCCUCACCCUCUCGAGCCCUGGCUGCUCUUCUCCCUCCCUCUCUCUCUCUCUGUUUUUAAAAUGAUCUCAAGAAAGCACAUUUUACCGUGGCCGUGGGAGACGGCGGAGGCGGGAAGAGCAGACGCCCUCGAGGGCGGGACCGAGAAACUCACAGGACGAAGGACACGCACAGGACACGGCAGGCGCCUCCGGAGCCUGCAGGCCUCUUGCUGUUCGUGACCCUUGGAUCCGGGGAGCGGCCAAGGCUCGAGGUGGGGGGGCCUGGAAGCCGAGGAUGGGCGCCCCCAGCACCCUCCCGCCUCUGCUGCGAGAGGCUUUUCGGGGCAGCCAGCACUGGGUGUCUCUCCGGUCCGGUAUCUUCCUCUGUUGGCUGAGGUCCCACCACCGAGCGGCCGCCCCUGCCCAGCAGUCCCCGGGAAGCUGACGCCUUUGCUCAAAGGCCUUCGUGCUCCCCCUUUUCCUCUGCCCUCUUCUUUCCCACUUAGAGAGAGAGAGAGAGAGAGAGAGAGAGAGAAGAAAAAGAAGGAGGUGGCAAAGGAGCCCCGCGGGGCCGAGCCGUGUUCUGUGAAAGCCCCCGGCCCCCCGGCGCUGAGCCGCCCGCACCCAGCCUGGCCUCGGCCGCAUCACCAACUGCUGCAUUUGUUGUAUUUUUUUAAGUUGAAAUUGAUGAAGUUAACAUUUUUAUUGUAAUUUUAGCCUUAGCGUGUGGGGUUUUGUCCCUUUUUUUGUUGUUGUCGUUAGCUGUGUACAGAAUGUGUAUCUUUUUUUUUCCAUUUUUUUUCUCCUUGGCUAAGCCUUGGCAGGGAUCUUUCUGGAGGAGAAGCUGGUGGCAGCCAGGCCAGGAGAGGCACGGAACCUCCCCUGUGGCUCUGGUGUGUGCCACCCAGCCGCUUUGUUCUGGUGGGCCCUGCCCUCUGCCCCUUUGCCUGUCCCCGGGCCUCUGGGACGAAGGAGGGCGCUUGCUCCACGCCCGGAGCCCUGAGCUGGAGAGGCUGCCGGAGCCCGAAGCCGGAUGUCUGAGGAGGAUGGGCCCGAGGUGGGGGCCGGGGCCUGGUCCCCAGGCCUGGGUCAUAGUGCACUCCCUGGCUCCUAUGACCGGCUUAGAGCAUGUGACACCCAUGGCUGCGGCUUCCUGCAGCCACCCCCUCACGGCAAAGCUGGUGGGGACGGAGGGGCCUCGGCCUCAGAGGCGGCCUGGGAGGGCCGGUGGUGUGAUGCCACCCAUUCUAUGAAUUUGCAGUGCAGUCCCCAAGCUGGGGCCAGACUUGGGGGGGGCUUGGGGCUCUGCUUGGAGUGGCUAGUGAGGCAGCUUUCUGCCCCAAGCCCAAGCUUUGGGCAAGGAGCCAGGCUUGCGAGCAGGUCGCACAGAAGAAAGAAUUUAAAACGAGCAGCCGGUAUUUUCAAAGCCCGUUUCUCUGCCCUGGAGAUGCAGCUGUGGCUGGAGGGACCCCAGCCUCUUCAAGCCCCCGCCCCAGCCCACGCCCUCUGGGGCCUCUGGUUGGUUGUAUUAUAGUAUAUUUCGCUGUGGAAACAUGUCACGUUUAGUCACCUUGGAGCCCGCUCGCCUGGUCCCGUCGUUUUCCUGUCCCUUUGAUCUCUCGUUCAUCUAUUGUAGAGUAACCCCUGUGACUCAAUAUUACCAUAGUGCGAUGUCGUUUUGUGCUAUUUUGAACAAUUAAAAAGACUUUUUUUGAAAUAA